AUGAAAUACUUUGUGAACCCGUUCAAAAAGCACGACAUCUCGGAGUUUCCGGGUGUCCUUGUGCCUCUGUCACAAGCGCCUCACCGUCCAUCAAUCGUGUCUGUGCCGGAUGCGAAGGGCGAGGACGACAAAGCGUCAAGUUUUUCAGGAAACCUGACUCUAGAGGGCCUGAAAGCAGAGGUUGAAAAUGACAUCGCGGCGGGUGGCUUCAACUCUGCCUAUGAUCGCAAAUCCAAGGUUAUCAACAAAGCUAUACAGGACAUUGGCAUGGGGAGAUAUCAAUACGAGCUCUUCGUGCUUUGCGGAUUUGGCUGGUUAGCCGACAAUUUGUGGCUACAAGGCAUCGCGCUCACCCUUCCCUCGCUCUCCGAGGAAUUCGGAAUAGACAGCAACACCGUCCGCUACACCACGCUCUCCCUCUUCCUCGGGCUUUGCAUCGGGGCAAGCUUCUGGGGCGUAGCCUCAGACGUGAUUGGCCGUCGUCCAGCAUUCAACUUCACGCUUCUCCUGGCAGGUGUCUUCGGGAUCGCCGCCGGCGGCGCACCGAACUGGAUCGGCACUUGCGCUAUGUAUGCUUGCCUUGGGCUGGGCAUUGGCGGCAACCUGCCUGUCGAUGGUGCCCUGUUCCUUGAGUUUCUGCCGUUCGCGUCUGGUAAUUUGCUUACGCUACUGUCUGUUUGGUGGCCUGUUGGCCAGCUUAUCGCGUCUUUGAUCGCUUGGGGGUUUAUCCCCAACUACCCUGUAAACUGGGGCUGGCGCUAUUUCGUCUUUACCAUGGGCGCCUUCACUAUGGCAAUGUUCAUCUGCCGCUUCUUCGUUUUCCAUCUGUUCGAAUCUCCCAAAUUCCUGCUUUCUCGAGGCCGACAAUCAGAGGCCGUGGCCGUCGUGCACGGCAUCGCAUCCCACAACAAAGCCAAAACUUGGCUCACGGAGGACAUCCUCAACGAGAUCGGCGGAAAUCCUGAUGCUGUUGGGAAGCAGGCGCUCAGCACCAUGGAAAUUGUCAAGAGAACAUUGAGCAAGUUCUCCGGGCAGCGCAUCGCGCCUUUAUUCCACGGAUGGAAACUCGCGGUAACGACCGUCCUGCUCUGGUUCAUCUGGACGACGAUCGGGAUGGGUUAUCCGCUGUUCAACUCAUUCUUGCCGCAGUAUCUCGCCAAUGCAGGAAGCGACCAGGGCCCAACACCUACCAACAUCGUCUACCGUAACUACGCGAUUACUUCCAUCGUCGGCGUACCGGGAAGCAUCAUCGCAUACUACACCGUCAACAUCAAGUACAUCGGCCGCAAGGGCACCAUGGCCAUCUCAACAGUGAUCAGCGGGAUAUUCCUCUACCUCUUCACCACGUCAACCAAUUCAGACGUCCAACUCGCUUUCUCAUCCCUCGAGGCGUUCUUCCAGAACAUCAUGUACGGAGUUCUUUAUGCUUACACCCCUGAAGUGUUCCCAGCGCCAAAUCGCGGGACCGGCACGGGUAUCUCCUCGUUCCUGAACCGCAUCGCCGGAUUGUGUGCGCCCAUUGUUGCGAUCUAUGCUGGCGAAGCGAACCCGGCGGCACCGAUCUAUGCGUCCGGCGCUUUGUUCUUCGCUGCUUCCAUCGCUAUGCUGGCUCUGCCUAUUGAGACGAGGGGGAAGCAGAGUUUGUAA